UUCAAAGCAAAAGGGCGAGGCUUUUUCUAUUAGGUAUCCAUCAAUUAUUUUUCUUUUUCUUUUUCCCAACCGGUCUCUUGCUCUUCCAUCUCUAAAAAGAAAAAGCUAAAGGAAUUUGGGGGUUUCAUUUCUUCAGGAAUUCCCCAUUUAUCUCCGUUAUCCAUCUUUGUAACAGUUGAGUCAAUGUCAAACAGUGAUCUUACAUCCGAAUUAAGGCAAUGAAGCCAGGACUAUCUACAUUGAACCCUUAUGCUGCAUCAUACAUACCACUGUCUGAAAGAGAAGCAGCUGAAGAAAUUAAAGUUCCUAGAGUGACCACCAAAGUUUCUCAGAUUGGCAAUCAAACUAUCUGGAAUGAACCUGCUGAGCAUACUACACAUAACAGGCAGCAUAAUCAAUCUUCUUCAAUUCCUCAAGUAUCUGUACUGAAAAGUCACUCUGCGCAUGGCUUUUAUGACUCUGUGCAUGGCUUUUAUGGUUCAUCAUCUCAAAAUUUAAGUGAAUUGGCAAACAAGCAGAUGAUGGAUGAGGAAUUUGACAUGGAUUUGGAAUAUCUUCAGAUGACUUUUCCUGGCAUUUCUAAUGAGUCUCUUAAUGAUGUCUAUAUGGCAAACAAGGGUGACUUGGAGGCCACUAUUGAUAUGAUAAACGAACUUGAGUUUGACACUUUUGAGUCUCCUGAAAAUCUUCCCGACACCUUGGACAUUGGAGAUAUCUCUGAAUCUGGGUCUUCAGCUGAGUGUUCGUCCGUGAAACUAAAGAAUGUUGUGGGUGAUGCCAAUGCCUCUUCCUCCGGUUCUGCAACCUCAGAGUCGGUCACUGUCACCUAAUCGACUUGGCAAUUGCUUGAUUCUUCUUUGGUUUUUAAAUUUGUGGAUAAGAAGUAUAUAAUUAGGAAAUAUUUCCUUUGAUAUGGGAGAGAAUGCAAAUAUUGCUUGUUCAUAAUAUAGUUGUGUAGUACUGAGGUGCUUGUUCCAAGUAAUUCCCUUAUGCUUUGUGGGUUCUGGAAUGGGUGAAAAGCCCCUUUGAGCAAUAAGCAUGCAAGUUAUAGUAAUAUUCUGAAAUUGAAAGUGAUAUUUGGUCCAUCGACAAUGCUUUUGGAUUUUGACAUUGUGUGACUUCAACAGGGAUUAUGUGUAAAUCUUGACAUUUUAAUACGUGAUGGUUGAAGGCUUUCUCACCAAAGCAUUUGCUGGUGCUAUUACAAUUUUCUUCUUUUUCUC